AUGAAAGUACCAUCGUCGCUUGCUAUCGCUGCCGCGUUCGCCGCCUCAUCCGUGGCGGCGCUGGACGCCAAGUUCUACGGCAUCAACUACGACGCCCGUACCACGAUCGACGGUGGGUGCAGGGAUUUCCUCACGAUCGCCGAGGACUUCAAUGUUCUCAGGCGAGUCACCGACUACGUUCGCAUCUACGGGAUGGACUUUAAUUGCUCCAAGAGCGUGCUCGAAGCCGCCCGCGACAACGCACUCAGGGCAUCCCCAUCGUAUCGGACAAACCAGUAA